AUCAAAGUUUUGGCCCAUCAAAGCCAGCCAUUGAUCUUUCUCUCCUUCUUUCUUUCUUCUUCCUCUACCGCCGCUAGGUCACGAAAAGAAAGAGAAUCAUCCAUGAGAAAAUGCAUUCAACAGCAUCUUCUUCUGCUACUUCAAAUUUCCACCGCCUUAGCACUGUAGCCUCUUCAAAGCUCCCUCUUUUACCUUCCCUCUCUCUAUAUCGCCAUGUCCAGAAUUUUGAGAUUUGCAAAUAUUAGGAAAGCUUUGGAAUCUGCUAUUUCGAACCAGAGGUUGAACCGUUCGGAAUUUAGGAAAUAUGCGACAGUGGUUUCUGUCAGGUUGCGUUUGCCGCAGUAUAGAGUAUUCUCCCAUUAUAGGUUCAACAGUGGAGGAAAGGCUCCAUUCUUGUUGCAGAAUACAAAGGAAGGGUUGUGUCGAGGUUAUUUUGCCAAGAACCGUUCCUUCGUUUCUGCAAGUAGUGCAUUAACUCAUCGUGCCCAAGUUGCUUGGAAAAGGCUUACACAAAAAUGUUCUGCCGGUGGUCGAACAUUCCCUCAGAUAAGCACGACUGCUCAAGCGGUCAGCUUAGCUUUGUCACACUCGCACUUGAUAGUACCUGGUAUUUUUGGCUUGACAUGUGGACGAAUGGCAUUGGCACAGAGGACUUUAAUAGAAUCAGAUUACUACCCAUCUCAGAAUACUUUAUCAAUGCGUGCACGAGAUGGACACGCUUUUGUUUCUGCUAUACUACUUUCAGCUGUAGAAGGUGUUAUUUUGCUGGUGAGAGCUUUGUUUCUUGCGGUUUUGUUCUCUCCUAGCAUAAUAAUGGCACCAUUUGCCAACGCAUUUGGUCCACAGUUCAGGAAAAUGUGGCUUGAAGUUGUGCAUCGCUCACUUGAAAAAGCAGGUCCAGCUUUCAUAAAGUGGGGUCAAUGGGCAGCAACAAGACCAGAUCUCUUUCCUAGAGAUCUAUGCAUCAAACUGUCAGAGCUUCACAGCAAAGCUCCUGAGCAUAGCUUUGCCUACACAAAGAAAACUAUUGAAAAAGCAUUUGGCCGUAAGCUAUCUGAAAUUUUUGAGGCUUUUGAAGAAGAACCUGUGGCAUCUGGAAGUAUAGCUCAGGUGCACCGGGCUUCUUUGAGAUUCCGCUAUCCUGGUCAGCGGGUCAAGCCCAUGGUAGUUGCAGUAAAGGUUAGACAUCCUGGUGUUGGUGAGUCAAUUAGGAGAGAUUUUGUGAUUAUCAACUCGGUGGCUAAAUUAUCAACAUUCAUCCCUACUCUGAAAUGGUUGAGAUUGGAUGAGAGCGUCCAGCAGUUUGCUGUUUUCAUGAUGUCUCAAGUUGACCUUGCAAGGGAAGCUGCCCAUUUGAACCGUUUUAUAUACAACUUCCGAAGCUGGAGGGAUGUUUCUUUUCCUAAGCCUGUGUAUCCACUUGUGCAUCCCGCAGUUUUAGUGGAAACUUAUGAGCAAGGGGAAAGUGUUGCACACUAUGUUGAUGGCCUUGAAGGACAUGAUCGGAUUAAGUCUGCACUCGCUCAUAUUGGAACUCAUGCACUUUUAAAGAUGCUUCUGGUUGACAACUUUAUUCAUGCUGACAUGCAUCCGGGAAAUAUCCUUGUUCGGGUGUCUCAAAGCAAGGCUUCUCGAAAACAGCUUUUUAAAACAAAGCCUCAUGUCAUCUUCCUUGAUGUAGGCAUGACUGCUGAACUUUCAAAGGGUGAUCGUGUUAAUUUAUUGGAAUUUUUUAAGGCUGUUGCCCGUAGAGAUGGCCAUACUGCUGCAGAGUGCACGCUUAGACUAUCACAAAGACAAAACUGCCCAAACCCAAAGGCUUUUAUCGAGGAAGUAGAAGAAGCCUUCACUUUCUGGGGUACUCCGGAGGGUGAUCUAGUCCAUCCGGCUGAAUGCAUGCAAGAAUUGCUUGAGAAAGUAAGGCGUCAUAAAGUCAAUAUUGAUGGCAAUGUAUGCACUGUGAUGGUCACAACUUUGGUUCUUGAGGGUUGGCAAAGGAAACUUGAUCCAGGAUAUGAUGUAAUGCAAACACUACAAACAUUGCUACUCAAAGCUGACUGGGCAAAAUCUCUUUCUUACACUAUCGAUGGGUUGAUGGCUCCGUAGAACAUUAUCCGAAGUACGGUUAGCCAAAUGCAUCCUCCCAAGGGAUCUUUAGGAUCAUGUAUUUCUGUUUCUAGAAAAGAAAAAAAGAAACAAUUUUGAUAGAGCCAAGACGCUAGAAUAUACCGGUCGUGAAAAGCAUAAUGAGUAUCAUUGAUCUUUUAACUUGAAAUUUUGAGCUAUGUUAAGUUUCAUCCAUAUGUAAUUAUUUGUUACUUUUCCCCUAUUCAUUGCUGUUAUAUCUUUAAGCCCUGAUGACUCACAGGUGAAAACAGUUAAAGGGCAACACGAGAGGAAUAAAAAGUCAAAAAAACUAUUCUUUUUUCUUUA